AUGGAGGUUACUUCGGAAAACCAAAAUUCAUUGAUAUUGGAAGGAUUAUCGAACUGGAUGUCUUGGAAGUUUCAAAUUCGUGUCAUAUUAAAAGCACAAGGAAUAUUUGGAGUUGUAAACGGAUCCGAUUUAAAUGAUGGAAAAGAUGAAAAAUGGCAGACACGUGACGCAAAGGCACAAUCUAUAAUUGUAACAAGACUGAACAAUAAAAAUAUUUUACAAGUGUCAAACUGUGAGACUGCUCAACAAAUAUGGGAAAAAUUGUGUUCAAUAUAUGAAUCAAAAUCAGAGACGUCAUUACACAUAUUGCAACAAAAAUUUUUUGAAAGCCAAUAUAUUAAAAACGAGGAAAUAUCAUUAUAUAUAGCAAAGUUAGAAGAAUUGGCAAACAGAAUAAAUCAAGCAGGUGGAAAUAUACCCGAAUCUAUGCUCAUCACUAAAAUUAUUAGUUCUUUGCCAGAAAAUUUUAGACAUUUCAUUUCAGCUUGGGAUUCAGUUCCUAUGGCAGACAGAAAAUUAUCUGAAUUAAUAUCCAGACUGAUGCUAGAAGAGCAACGUAACAAUGAUUAUGAGGAGAAAAUGGCUUUAUCUACACAAUCAAGAAACAGUGAAAGAAAAUGUUUUAAAUGUCAACAAGUUGGACAUUAUAAAAAAGACUGUACGAAAAACAUGAACAAUUUUAACAGUGGUAAAAAUUAUAAACAGUGUAAAAUAUGUAAAAAGUUCAAUCAUAAAGAAAAAGACUGUUGGUUUAGAAAUAAAAAGAAUUCUUACCAAAAAGGUGACAAUGUAAAAGGUAAUACAAAUGCAUUCAUUACAUCAGCAAUAAUGUUUUCCUGUGUAAACAUUUUUCAAAAAACAUUUUGGGUGUUAGACAGUGGUGCCUCAGAACAUAUGUGCAAGAAUAAAAAUAUGUUUGUAAACUUUAAAACUUUAUCAGCGCCAAAAGAUAUCAUGGUUGGUGAUGGUUCAAUCAUUAAAGCUCUUGGUCAAGGUGAAAUACACUUAAGUGCUUACGAUGGAAAACAGUGGAUACCUACAACCUUAUACAAUGUUUUAUUUGUACCAGAAAUAAAAGUAAAUCUGUUUUCAUCUACGGCAGCAAUGGAUAAAGGUUAUAAAAUGAGGUGUGAUCAAAAGACAUGCACUUUUGUAAAAAAUAAUUUAAUUAAAGCAGUUGCAUACAGAAAAGGUAAAAUGUUUUUAAUGAAUUUUAAAUAUGAAUCAGAUAUUGCUAUGGUUGGUCAAUCAAAUAGUGGACUCGCUGAGUGGCAUUCAAAGUUAGGUCACCAGAAUAUUGAGCAUGUGAAGACCAUUCUGAAACAAAACAAUAUUGAGUAUAAAGAAGGUGAUUCAGAGAUAUGCACAUCAUGUUUACAAGGCAAACAACAUAAGCUACCAUUUAAUAAAAGUAACACAAGAGGUGAAAAACCAGGAGAUUUAAUACACAUGGACAUAUGUGGACCAAUGGAGUGUGAGUCACUGGGAGGUGCAAAAUAUUUCCUUUUACUAAUUGAUGACUACUCAAAAUAUAGAAAAAAAUAUUUUCUACGAAAUAAAAAUGAAACAGCAGAACAUAUUAGGAACUAUAUAAGUGAGAGUAAAAAUAUAACAGGCCACAAUAUUAAAAUUAUGCGAAGUGACAAUGGGAAAGAAUUUGUUAAUAAAAUUGUAGAAAAGUUAUUAGAUUCUAAAGGUAUAAGACAUGAGAAAAGUAUUCCAUAUCUUGUGGAAUCUGCUAGGUCUAUGUUAGCAGAAAGUCGUCUUGGAAAAGAACUUUGGGCAGAAGCAGUAAAUACUGCAACAUACGUAUUGAAUCGAACAGGAAAAAGUAGGAUAAAAGACAAAACUCCUUAUGAAUUAUGGUAUAAAACAUCAAAAUAUAAUAUAACUAACCUGUACAGUUUUGGAGUAGACGUGGCAGUUCAUAUACCUGAUCAAAAGAGAUUAAAAUGGGAUUACAAAUCAGAGUUUGGUAAAUUUGUUGGUUAUGGAGAAACAAGCAAAGGAUAUAGAGUAUACUUACCAAAGAAAAAUGAUGUAGAAUUAAAAAGAGAAAUUGUAGUAAUUAAAAGUAAGUAUCAGACACAUAAUAAUAAAAAUAAAGAAAUAUAUGAAGAAAAAGAAGACUUACCAAUAUAUAACCCCGAAGAAGACGAACAGGAGGAUGGUAAUAUCAACUCAUUCUAUGAAGAAUGUUCAAUCCAAUCUGAAACAGAAGAAGAAAAUACAGAGUGUGAACUAUAUGAAAUACCAGAAACAGAUGAAAUAAAUUCACCUGAAACAGGAAAUAAUAUCUUACCUGAGGUAGAAGAUAACACUAAGGAUCAAACACAAAAAAGGAAAAGACAACAACCGAAAUGGAUGAAAGAUUAUGACACAAACUUUUUUUGUCUAGGCGAACAGCCAAUAUCUUAUGAAGACGCAAUGGCUAGUCCUGAAAAAACAAAGUGGGCGGAGGCCAUAGAAAAGGAAAUGAUACAACUGGAAGAAAAUGAAACCUGGGAAGAGGAGUUAAAUUAUGUAGGUCCCUGUCCGUGUAGUGAAUUAUUUCAUUUCAAAAAUUUACAUAUAUCUAUUACUCCAUAUGAUAUGAAAGAUACG